CGGGAUGAUGGUGGCUGGGCGGAGCGACGCAGGAACGACGAGAGGAGAGAUAUAAACCCACUCUGAGAUCACCAGAGUAAGGGAUAAAGAUAGUGAAACCCACCGUCUUGCUUUCACCGAGCACUGUUUAUAUAUUGCAUCACUUCAUCAAAGAGAGGGAGGCCAGCCCCAGGAUGAACGGCAACUCAGGUGCCGGUGUGGUGACGGCCCCCCCUCCCACCACAGCCCCACACAAGGAGCGGUACUUCGACCGGGUGGAUGAGAGCAGCCCGGAGUACCAGAGGGAGAGAAACAUGGCACCCGACCUGCGGCAGGACUUCAAUAUGAUGGAGCAGAGGAAGAGGGUCUCCAUGAUACUGCAGAGCCCGGCAUUUUGCGAUGAGCUGGAGACAAUGAUCCAGGAUCAGCUGAAGAAGGGGAAGACUCCCACUAGCCUGUUGGCUCUGCAGCAGAUCGCAGACUUUAUGACCACCAGCAUGCCUUCCAUGUAUCCCGCUGCACCUCAGGGAGGCAUGGCGGCGCUCAACAUGAGUUUGGGUAUGGUGACUCCGGUGAAUGAUCUGCGUGGCUCAGACUCCAUUUCCUAUGACAAGGACGAGAAGUUGCUCCGCUGCAAGCUGGCGGCCUUUUAUCGGCUUGCUGACUUGUUUGGCUGGUCCGAGCUCAUCUACAACCACAUCACAGUCAGGGUGAACUCAGACCAGGAGCGUUUCCUAAUUAUACCUUUUGGGCUCCUGUACAGUGAAGUCACGGCUUCCAGUCUGGUGAAGAUAAACUUUCAAGGUGAGAUAGUUGACCGGGGAAGCACCAAUCUCGGGGUCAACCAGGCCGGCUUCACUCUCCACUCUGCCAUCUACGCUGCACGGCCCGAUGUCAAGUGUAUCGUACACAUACACACAUCCGCGGGUGGCGCGGUGUCCGCCAUGAAAUGCGGCCUGUUGCCCAUCUCACCUGAGGCACUGUCCCUGGGUGAGGUGGCCUAUCAUGACUACCAAGGCAUACUGGUGGACGAGGAAGAAAGUACCCUCAUACAGAGGAACAUAGGGCCUAACAGCAAGGUGCUCAUUCUGAGGAACCAUGGCUUGGUGUCUGUAGGCGAAACAGUGGAGGAAGCUUUCUAUUACAUCCACAAUCUGGUCACCGCCUGUGAGAUCCAGGUGCGAACACUGGCCAGCGCUGGAGGGCCAGAUAAUCUGGUGUUGCUGGACCCAACAAAAUACAAGUCCCGCCCACGGGUCCCGGAGCCAGCCAUUGACCGGCCUUCUACACACCCCAAGUGGCUAGUCGGGGAGCAGGAGUUUGAGGCUCUCAUGAGAAUGCUCGACAACUUGGGCUACAGGACGGGCUACCCUUAUCGCUGCCCAGCAUUGCGAGACAAAGCUAAAAAGCACAGUGAAGUGGAGAUUGCUCCCUCCACCCAUGGUGGUUAUUCAUACGGGGAGGACAGUGACUCAGGUGCUCGCUCCCCAAUGAAACAGAGCUUCCAGCGCGGCCAGCGUGACAAGACCCGCUGGCUUAAUGCCAGCGGCCGGCCUGAUGAGCCCUGCGAGGAUGGGCCCGACGGCAGCAGCCCCAAGUCGAAGCCUAAGGUGUGGACGAACAUAACACACGAUCACGUCAAACCCUUGCUGCAGUCUCUCUCGUCUGGUGUCUGCGUGCCAAGCUGUAUAACCAACUGCUUGUGGACAAAGGAAGACGGACUCCGCCAGUCUGCUGCAGCCAAUCAGUUCAUCCCAAUGAACACCAACCCAAAGGAAGUCCUGGAAAUGAGAAAUAAGAUCCGGGAGCAGAACCUGCAGGACAUAACAACAGCAGGGCCCCAGUCUCAGGUUCUGUGUGCCAGCACCAUAGUGGAACGCUCCUUCACCCAGAGAUUGUCAAUCUGGCAGGACGCCCCUCUGUCUGACUGUACAGACACUAUUGAUGGCCUCGAUGUGUCCGAGGGGUCCUAUAGUCCUGCUAAAUCAAUUAGAAAGGGGGAGCUGGUGACCGCAUCCAAAGCCAUCAUUGAGAAGGAGUACCAACCCAAGGUUAUCGUCAGCAAGCAGGGUCCCAACCCCUUCACAAAACUCACCGACCAGGAGCUGGAGGAGUACCGCAAGGAGGUGGAGCUGAAACAGAGAGCGCCUGAAGAAUCACUUUGUCUCUCCAUACACACACACACACACACACACACACACGAUACAGUGCAGGGAAGAGACGAUAGUAGGGAGGGAUCAGCCUGCAGCGUACCCUAUCCUGAGCCUGAAACGCUACCGAGGGGUCGCGCCUCCUUCUCCACACCUCUACAGUCUUCCACUGAGUCACCCAGCUUAGAGAUAGCCCCACCUCCAACUGCCACACCGGCCUCUGAGCGGGGCUCAUCCUCCAUUGUUCUCUCCAGUGGGGCUGAGCCCCCUCAGGGAGGCACAGACUCUGCAGACGACGUUUUUUCGACAGCAGAGUUUUUUUCAGCUCCAGAUUCCCCACACAAGGAGUUCCACUGUGCCGUGGUGCGAGCCCUCAGCAAGGAGCCAUUGGUGCUAGCGGCAGCUAAGGCAGAGCAGGUUCCAGACCUGGAGCAGCUUGAAGAGCCUGAGGAGGAAGAGCCCAAAAGCCAGAAACCCACCACCACUCCACCCAGCACCCCCAUCAGAGCAGAGGAAGAAUCCCUGCCAGAACCAACCUAUAAGGAUGACAGUGACGCCGCCACCCUGAGACAGACCCUUCCAGAUUUAACACCCGAUGACCCCUUCGAUGCCCCACCACUUCCUGCAGAAGACUGCCCCGCGGCCACUGCAGACACAGCUGAGGUGGAGGAGCCUGCGGAAGCUGGCGACCAGGAGGGAGAAGAGUCUCCCAGCAAAUCACCCUCCAAAAAGAAAAAGAAGUUCCGCACUCCUUCCUUCUUAAAGAAAAACAAAAAAAAGACAGAGUCCUAAAUUAGAGAAUGUUGGAUCGGUCCUCAAGGCUGGCCUCUGCCUCUUUUCAUUUUUGCUUCUUGUCUAUCAAUGCACCCUGCGAGCAAGACACAGUAACACACAGUUAAGCUUUUUUUGUUGUUUUGACAUUUGUCGCUGGCUUAUUAACCUAUUUUUCCUUGUUAGUGUUUGCCAAUUUUGUAUACAGUGUAAAAAUGAUUGAUUGCACAAAGGUUUUUAAUUAUUAGAGGCUUUUUAGUUGUGAGUGGUGCAUUCUGUCUAGUCCACUCUAUCUGGCCUUUGAUGCAUGUCUAUUACUACAGGCCCACAAUUAAGGUUUGAGGGUGAGAUUUUAGGGUUUUACCACCCUCACUUAUUUUUUAAAGAGCAUUACUAAACCGUUGUAACCACUAGAAUGUAUUGGGAUUGUAUCAAAAAUAAGUGUCUUUCAAAAACAGUGAAUGCCUAAAGAGAAGCUUGUACUCUCAUUUAACUGGUGGUCAAUUUGGACAGUGAGAACUACAAAUUGCAUAUUGCUAAUUUUACCCUGUGAAGCUGUGCGCCCAUGUAAGUACAUGUUGUCAGGCCAGGAAAACAGUUGGAAUAUUUUCAGGUAAUUAAUAAUGGAAAAUUUAGUCAUACAAAGUCAAUAUUACUGUUUCCAUAAUCAAGUAUUUUAUUAAAUCAUCCAGAAACUAAAUCCCAUUUGGUUGUUGGACUUUUUUUCCCUUUUUUUUCUUUUUUUCUUUUUUUUUAAAACCCACACAAGCAUUUAACACAGCCUUAACUUACAGGUUUAAUGAAUCGGCAGUGCUGCAAACCUGCAGAUGAUCAUGUUUGAACCUGGUGAUGUUGAGCGUGGUUCGCAACCAAGUGUGAGUCAUCCCGGCAAGCGUCAGCAAGCUUUGGGCUUAUUGAUUAUUCCAAGAGUUAAUAAUGUUAACUGAAAGUCUUUAGUAUGAAGGAAUGUCUAAAAACAAAUUCUCAGAAAUCUCAAGUUUUUUUUUUUUCUAAUUAUUUGAGCCCAGCUUUGCUUUGAAUUUGCCCUUUAAUUUCUCUCUGUAAAAAAUCAUAUACAGACAGAAAUGACACAUAUUGUGUGAGAUUUCCUUUUUGUUCCCUAUCAUGUAUUUCUUUUUCCCACCAUGCUUGAUUGCUGUGAGAGCACCAUGAACCUCCUCUUUUAUAAACCACUGUCCGGGAGCUCAUACAAGUUCUAUCAUAAACAUAGAUGCAAUCAUUACAGAACAUGAAAGCUGCAUGAUCAAUCAAAUGUCAGAACCCUCAACCUGGACUUUCCUGUAAAAGCCCACACUGAACAAAUACAACUUUGUCAUUGAAUACCUGUUUCCAGCUGCAGUAAAAACAAUGUAAACUGGAGAAGCAUUUUCUUUUUAGGCCACUGAUGUGCAAUCAUUGGUGUGAAUGCAAAUGAGCUGUGCUUAAGGUUGCAGGGCAUUAAUACAUGGGCCAACUUCAUGCGUUAACCGUUUUAGUUAAGGUUAGUCAUCAGUAUAACUUGUGAUGACCCAAAAGGCAAAACUAACGGGAAGCAUCACCUAAUCUUAGGCGCUUACUAAAACUUUGUUCACGACAUAUGAUGUAUCUACAUUAUUGCAAGCUCAUAAUGUCUAACUCGUGAAGGACUUUGUGUAGAAUGCUUACAGUGUGUAAUGUCCUUUAAAUGACUGUAACUACCCCUCUGAAUUAUAUAGUACAUUUUAGGUUUAGGACUAAAAUUCUUCUCAUGGUUUUCAUUUGAGUAAACCAUAGAUUUUUUUUUUUUUUUAUCUCGCAGCUAUGCUAAUAUGUAUUCUGUCUGAACUACUUCCAAUUUAAAUGUCUCAUUACACCAUCUACAGACUUAACACUUCCACCUAUCUUUUCUCAUGGUUCUGCCUCUUUUACAGCCAUGAAUAAAAAACACUAUUAAAAAUCA